UCUCCAUUAAAGUAAAGCAUUUACCCUUUUAAGGCAUUGACUUGAGCGGGAAACCAUUGUGCAUUAGUAUUAAGAUUAGGAAGAAACCCUAAAAGAAGAGUAGCUUUUAGAGAAGAAGGAAUCCACUCUCCAUUAAAAGCCAGGAGCUUGCUACACCAGUUAACUGCUUUAAAAUGGAAAAAGAGGAAGAAUCUAAGGUUGUUUUGAAGCUUUUGGUGGAUGAAAAGAAAGAUCAAGUUGUUGCAGCUGAAGCCAAAGUAGAUUUUAUGGACAUAUUCGUUAGCCUUCUUACUUUACCAUUGGAAACCAUAAUACGACUCAUUAAAGCAGAGGCUGGAGUUGUUGGUUGUAUGUACAACUUGUACCAAAGUGUUGAAAACCUCGAUGUGGAAGAUCUGUUCAUAGAGCAUUGCAAAACCAUGCUGCUAAAUCCAAGAAAUCCCUAUUCGAAGUAUUGUACCAGGUUGAAAGUGAACAUAGAUGAUUCAGGCUCCGAGAAGUAUUAUGACUGUUCAGGUUGGACAACGCGAACGUAUUGCUCAAAGCGAAGCUAUUUCAUGAAUGUUGAGUGCUCAUGUGAAGGAGGGAUAUCAUAUCUAAUCAGUGACGACUUGCAAUUCAAGCCUGCUUCUCUAACUACCCUUUUCCAGAUGCUUUCUAAUGUUGGCCUGAGUGAUAUGAAUCAGAUUAAGGAGAUGAAUGUAGAAGUUGGCAGGAACGAGGUGAUUCGUCUACUUGCUCGUUCAUUUAUUUCAAAGACUCCCUUGUCUGAUGUGUUUCUGCCCAAGCAAAAACAAAGAAGGGCACAAGUAGACAUUGUAACAAUGUCCGAGUCUGGAAAUUUGUCGUCCAUUUCUGAAAAUGGAACGAGUAAUAGCACCAAGAAGUUGGAGCUGAAGCUAACAGUAAGGAAGUCUACAAAGAAGGUCUUGUGUGCAGAAGCAGACAAUGAUUUUAUUGAUUUUCUCUUCAACUUCUUGACGAUUCCUAUAGGAUCAAUUGAAGAUGUUCUAAAAGGGAGUUCUGGCUUGAGAUGUAUCGAUAACUUCUAUAAAAGUGUGGAGGCUUUAGAUUCGAAAUGGUUCAAUAUGCCUCCAAAGCAGAAUAGUUACCAUAGUGAGGAUACAUCUAAUGACAACUUUAAGACAGUAUUACUCAAGCCCAAUGUUGCCACACAUUAUAAUUCUGAGUAUCAGCUGCUACAGAUUUCAGAAGGAAAAUCAGAAUUUUACAAUUUGUAUGAUCCAAGGCAACAUAUAAGGGGUAGUCAUGUUCCCAAAUUUCGUAAGUUCGCAAAGGAACCCUCUGCUUUCUACGUUAUGGACAAUUUGGAAGUAAGACCUUUGUCUUCUGCAUCAACUAUUUGCCUACUUCAAGAACUAAAUGUGCCCCUGAAUGAUAUUGAAGAGCAAAUGAUCAGUGUUGGCGAGUCAGAAGCAUUGAACUUGCUGAGGGCCUCUUUGACAUCAUCAUCAUCAGCUUUGACAGAGGGCUUAAAUCACAAGUUGAGGCAGCAAAUAGACGAAGAUGUGAAGUGUAAAACGGAGAAGCUUUGUUAGCAAACACAUAGAUAACUCUCUUGUGUUUUAGCCUCAAAACUUGAUCCCCUGUGGCCUGUACAUCAAAACCUACAUGCAGGGCCAAGUAUUUUUUUGUUGACUUCUAUAGAUAUGAUUAGUCCAGUAAGUGUUAAUUUUGUUCUAGUUGAUAAGAGGGUGAAUCUAAUUACAUGUCAUAGCUGCAAGCUACUCUAAAAGUAACAACUCUUUACUAGUACUAGUAGAUUUGCACCACUUUUUUUGUCAUAUGCUGUUCUUUAGCAUCUGGUGCUAAUGCAAUAUUCUCUAUUUUCUAUUUCUUGGAUUGAAAUUCUCAUUCUGGAUAUUUUGUUUAUUCUCACUGUUUCAAGAUAAUUGGUUUGCC